AGAUGGCUGCGGCAAAGGGGACGAGUGCUUGAGGAGCCAUCGGAUGGGAUGUUUAUCUGCCUGUAACAGGAUGCACAGCAGCCCGAACGAGGGAGUGGUCACCGCGUUAGCUCCUCCGGCUCGCUGGGGUCUAAGUCGACAGUCUUCUCCCGGUUACUCCCGCUCCGGUGCCCGGUUGGCUGCGCUGACAUUGUGGAAUUCGUUAGCAACCCACCAGCGCUAGCUAACUAACUAGCCACCGGCUAAGUUAGCGGGUAUCUGUGGAAAUCACGAGCGCAACACAACUGGGGAGAGUCACACAAAUACCACAGCGCUGAGUCCCCCCCCCCUCCCCCUCACUGGCUAUGGGGUGGUGCUGGCUCCAGACCGGAUGACGGGGUCCACGGGGCGGACGGGGUCACACCCAAUCUAAAGCAGCGGGCUCUUCUUCCUGCACGCCGACUGGCAGUGACAGCUCCUCUUGCAGAAGACCGCCCUCCCCUCCCACGCCGACCCCCCCCCUCCCCCCCUCCCGCCUCCCCCCCCUUCUUGAUUCCUCGCCGGUGAGUGCUGUUGUGGCAGCGUGCGAACCCGCCUGUCGCCGGCUGCCAGCAUGAGCUGGCUGAGCAGGUUGAACCCGCGGGGCCCCGGAAGCCGGGCCGGCCGCAGCGCCGCCCCCUCCGGCCCCUGCACCGCCGACCCGGAGACCUGCCUCAUGGUGUUUGAGAACCACUGGAGACAGCUGUCUUGGGUGUUUGUUGUACUAGAACCGUCUUUCUGUUAGAUUAUCUGAUUGCCGCGAGGAACCACACCUACAGUUCUAAUGCCUCCUGCGGAGGAGCGGCCCGCCGAGACCCCCGAGGGCGGCGCUGGCAUCGGCGGCGUCGGCGGCGUCGUGGCGCCCAUGGGCCCCAUCCUGGAGCUGGUGGUCACGGAGAACAUCCUGGAGCGCCUGGUGCAGUGGCACCUGCGCCGCGGCCUGGACCCGGACAGCCAGGGGGCGCUGCUCAAGCUGUUCGAGAUGCUCAUCGGCCAGUCGCAUCAGCCGCUGCUGCAGCACACCGCCGUCCUCCACCCGCUGCUGAGGCUGCUGGGAGCGUGCGCCGACCCGGACCUGGGUUGUCCCGCCGCCCUGGAGAACAGCCUGGUGCUGCUGCUCAACCAGGUCUGCGUGUCCGUGGCCCGCCAGCCUGUGGUUCUGGAGAUGUUGUUUCGGGCGGCGCCGGCCCAGCAGGGCUCCACCAAUCUGCUCAUCUUCUCGCUGCUGGUGCCGUUCAUCCACCGGGACGGAGCCAUCGGGCAGCAGGCCCGCGACGCGCUGCUGCUGGUCAUGGCGGCCUCGGCCAGCAACGAGUCGGUGGCGCGCUACAUCGCCGAGAACUCCUACUUCUGCCCGGUGCUGGCGACGGGCCUCAGCGCUCUCUACUCCUCUCUGCCCCGGAAGAUGGAGGUGCACGGGGACGACUGGCACGCCCUGCGGCGGGAGGACUGGAUGGGCGUGUCCUCGCUCGUGCUCUUCAUGAACUCGCUGGAGUUCUGCAACGCCGUGGUGCAGGUCGCUCACCCGCUGGUCCGCUCCCAGCUCCUGGACUACCUCCACAACGGCUUCCUGGUGCCCGUCAUGGGCCCCGCCCUGCACAAGUCGUCGGUGGACGAGAUGAUCGCCAGCACCGCCUACCUGGACCUCUUCCUGCGCAGCGUGUCGGAGACGUCCCUCCUCAAAACCUUCCUGCGCUUCAUCCUGCUGCAUCGCCACGACAACGACACCAUCCUCGACACGCUGCUCACGCGCAUCAGCAGCAAUUCACGGCUCUGCAUGGUGUCCUUGGGCCUCUUCCGGACCCUUCUGUCCCUGAACUGCGAAGACGUAAUGCUGCAGCUCGUUCUCAGGUAUCUACUGCCCUGUACUCACGUCAUGCUGAGUCAGCGCCGUGCCAUCAGGGAGACGGACCUGUACGGAAGGUCGGCCGACAAGUUCCUGUCGCUGAUCCCAGAGUGCUGCCGGCUGAAUGCUGAGCGGGACGAGGACGGCCCCUUCUGGGGCAAAGUGAACAGUCCCAGCACAGAGUCCCCAGCGCCGCCCAGGCCCAGCACCCCGUCCCGCCUGGGCUUCUUCAUGCGCCAGCAGAGCAGCGGAGGCGGACCCGGGGGAGGAGCUCCCUCCACCCCCGCGGAGCAGUCGGGCGCCGCGGCCUCCCGCCCCCUGUCCCCCGACAGCCCCAUGCACCAGCAGCAGGCCCACGCCGAGUGUCUGGACUGGGACUCGGGUUACCUGGAGUACCUCAAAGACUCCCGCCGGGGCAUCGAGAUCUGCUCCUGGGCCUGCCGCGACUGGUCGGCCCCCUACGACGGCGAGGACCCUUCGCCUAGCGCCGCCCCUCCGCCCCCGCCUCCCCCCGCCUCCAACCCCACCAUGGCUAUGUUCCCCGAGCACUUCUCCCUCCAGCCAGGGGGAAGCAGCAGCAGCGGCGGCGCCGCCCCCCCCCCGGCGCAGCAGAAGGCGGCCGUGGUGGCGGCCGCGCGCUCCGAGUGGAGCAGCUCCCAACGGGACAGCGGCGAGUGGGACGUCACCAUCGGCAAGAACAGCUGCAUCAGCCUGACGCCCCGCUCCAAGAAGCGCAGCCUGCAGAGGGAGGAGGUGCUGCCCAAGCCCGCCGUGCCCCGCCUCGUCCCGGCCCCUCCCUCCUCGUCCCCGGACGCUCCUUUAGCGGCCUCCCACGCCGCCUUGUCCCCGGCGCCUCACAACCCCGCCUCUGCCGUCGCCGUUUACAACGGAACGGCGGGGCGGGAGGACGGCGGCUCGGACAGUCGGGACAGAGGGCUGGAGGUGAAGAAGGUGAAGAGGGACCUGGGGGAGCCGCAGUACUUGGACGAAAACGCCAAUCAAAACGGGUCCCUCGUCAGCCCCCCCCCGCAGUCUCUCUUCACCGACGGCGAGUCGCCCCGCCCCGAUCCGAGUUCCCCGCCGAGCCCCGUCGGCCAGCCGCAGGCCGGCGACGCCGGCCACCCGCGCCUCAACUCCCCCGACCUCCCGGAGGCCGACCUGACGCAGCAGUCCAUGGAGAGUCUGAUCCGGGAGCUGUUGGAGCAGGCGCCGGAGGAGGCGCAGACCCCCGCAGACCCCAACGGUCAGGGCAUCAGCAUCGAGGCCUUCACACAGGAGCUGAGGGAGCUGGAGGACCGCGUGAGGGAGCGCAGCCGGGCGGCCGGGCAGCAGGAGGAGACCGCCAAGGAGCGCCUGUCCUCCGAGCAGCCGCCGGCCCCUGACCCACAGGCGAAGCCCACGGGGGACGCAAAGGGGGACGGCGUCGCGGUCGCGCCCUGCAGUCCCGCCAGAUCGCUGAGUCAGCCCGCGUCUCAGCCGUACACAGGUCCGUUCAUGGUGGUUCUGUUUGCCAAGCUGGAGAACAUGCUGCAGAACUCGCUGUACGUCAACAUCCUGCUCACGGGCAUCGUGGCCCAGCUGGCCUGCUACCCUCAGCCCCUCCUGCGCUCCUUCCUGCUCAACACCAACAUGGUCUUCCAGCCCAGCGUCAAGUCGCUGAUCCAGGUUCUAGGUUCUGUGAAGAACCGCAUCGAGGCCUUCGCGGCCUCUCAUGAGGACUUUCCCGCCAUGCUGAGGAAAGCCCAGCAGUACCUGGUGGCCCGAGGCAAAGUGGACUGGGCCGACUCGCCCGCGGUUGUUCCCACCCUGCGGCGCUCCGAUUCAUUAGUGAAGAGCCGCAAGCCGUCCCUCGGGGACCUGAUCCUCCGCCACACCAACAGCCCGACCCGGGCCCGCAACGCCGCCCAGCUGGCCCUCGCGCACGUGCGGGACGGCAGCCAAUCGCUGCACAGCGCCUUCUUCAAGGGCGGCGGGGCCGGGGGGGCCUCGGGCCUGGAGAAGCAGGCGGAGGCGCUGCGGGUGAAGAACGCCGUCUACUGCGCCGUCAUCUUCUGCGAGUUCCUCAAGGAGCUGGCCGCCCUGGCUCAAGAGCACGCCGUCACGCUGCCUUUCCCCCACAGCCAGGAGGCCGAGGAAUGAGAGGAGGGAGGGACGCUUGGAAUCCAGCCGCGGGCCGGAGCAUCGGGACUCUAAAGGCAGGAUUCUGAUCACUAUAGGACGCCUGCAAGACUGGAAGAAUUUCCCUCAGCUGUAAACUGAACGCUGUUGUGCAUAUCUUGUAUUAUAUUUACAUUCUAUACAGACGAUCUCAGUAAACGCUCGAGAUUAGGGAGCUUGUACAUAUACAGGAAACACGCGUCGGUGCUAGUGUCUCCGUGUUGAAAGUGGAAAACAGUGCGGACUAAAAAACGGUUAGAGGGGGGAAAAAAAACAACCUUGAAUGCGUCGACACAUCAAUCAACCGUAAAGGGAUCCAUUAGGGAGGAAGUGUCCGCUUUUAUUCUGAAGGCGAUGAGGAAAAAAAGAGCCACGUCCUGUCCUGUGGACAAAAUAACUGGAAAAAAAGACUUUGGGGUAAUGAAAACCAUUUUUUUACAUUUUUAAAAAAUAUAUUUUGUUUGUCUUUUACAUCUGCACCUUUUUCUAGACCGAUCAGCAUCGUACCGGAGCGCGUUUUAUUUGAAGUCUCUCUCCAUAGGAACAAAGGUUGACUGCGUCUCUCCGGGCCGUCAGCCAUUCACCUGGUGCCAUGAAGGAGGCCGAGGGAUUCGGGAAGGCUUUGCACGCUGGGUACCUUUUUAUGUGUCAUAUCUUCUUUCUUUUUUUUAUUCAAAGACCCGAGGGUCUGCGAGAAAAUACAUACGGCGGGAAGGGAAUUUUUAUUUUUAUUUUCAUCUCCGGACCGUUGGCAUGAUUUCCAUUUUCAAACUGACAUUUGAAAAAGGUCACGAGGCUUUCUCUGACUUUUAAGGCAGGUCUUUGUUGGAGCUUGUAAGAAGCCACCUCGGUUGUCCCGUCUUUAGUUCGCGUCCACGUAUUGUCUCUGUUGGAUGAGACAGGCCAACGUGUUCCAUCCUGCAACACCACAUGCUGCUAUUUUAACACUAACGCCCCUUUUCUCUCGGUGUAAUUCCACUGUUAGGUACCAAGUAUGAACGUGCAUGUUUGAAAACACUCGCCACGUCGUGUCUUUUAUGAUUUUCGUCCUGCACGCUCCUCGUCUUUGAGACGAAAUGCCGCAUCAUGUUUUUUAAAAUGUUUGCCGCUGCUUCUUUUCUAGAAGCUUUUGGUAUCACCCGGUGGGGUCCCUGCACGAACGAAGGCCGCGUUCAUAGCCAGCGAGUCCGGUCCCUUUGGUUUGUGUGCUGAGCACUGAACAGUUAAAGAAAAAAACGGGUAACUUUGCUAUUUUUCAACUGGAUGACGGUGUUUUUGAAGUUGGUCCGACGCCUUUUUAAAGGAGUUAAUUUAUACCUCUCGCUUGGUCCGGUUACUUUUUCUAAUAUUCAUACUCUCCAACACGGGCACUCCGCAAACCGACCCGACAACGGAGCGAGAAAAGGUCGUCUGGCGCUUUAUUACCAAUCUGCCCCCCCCCCCCUCCCCGAGUGAUGACAUCACGGACCAAUUCAAAGUCAAGUAAAUCGUUUGUUUCAAUGAGGAUCGACUCACUGCCAUCCGUCCCUCGCGCCCCUCGUGUAGUUCACGUCUCAGCGGGUUCCUCUGCGUUCAACACUCAAAGAUUGUGUUGUUUUUUUGACUAUUUCUACAAACGGGUCCGUUGGAGUCUUUUUCCUCGUUCGGUCGCAGCGCGGCGAAGCGUCUUCAGGAGGUUGUGUGUGAUUUUGUGGUGCUUUCUAUAAAUGACGACAAGGUGAAACAGAGAAAGUUGGAUACAGAGAAGAUGUUGAAGGAGGAUGAGGUUGUGCUCUCACAGGUCUUUGGACAUCAGUAACCCUAAAAUCAAAACAACUCUUAUUUCAUUUUUAAGAACGUAACCUGACUUUUUUUUAAAUAAGGUGUCAUUUCAAAACCGGGACUCCAAGGCUUCAUGUUUCCCUUCAGGAGUUAUUCUUCCUGCCCAAAUGAGGGGGGGGCAGUAGAUUACUACAUGAAUGACACGUCCAUCGUGGACGUAAGGCUGUAGCUGGGGACACUUUCACGUUGGUCACAGGAGACGUUUCAGCUGGUAACAAUCUGCUGGCUCACCACGAAAUGCUGCCAAAUCCGAGACGCUUAAAUGUUUGUUUGUCUUCACAUCGGGGAGCUGUUGUCUCGCUGCGGUGGUUGAUGUCCCUCGUUGCCCCCUGGGCUCCCCUACGGUCAUCAUGUUAACUGAGAAAAGGGGUCGAUGAGUGGCAAACGCAACGCUAAGCUUCAGAAAAUGUCUGUUUCAGACACUUGAACACUACAGAGGAUCCGUCAAUGAGUUCCAUCUAGAAUGAGAUGCUCGGGACUCACAGCGGCUAACGUUGCUCCCGCUCUUCAAUCUCCAACAGAUUGGUGCUUCCAUCUCGCCAACCAGGCUCACAGCGUGUGUGCUCAUCACUCCAAAAAGGGACAAUGUGUUAUACGGUUUCCUUAACGCAUCUUACACACGUUUUGAAAAUAUAUAUAUAUUUUUUUGGGUUGUUUUAAGUGAAUUGUCCUUAAUCACAGAAUGUACCGUAUUCUCUCACUUCUCCCGUUUCUUUAAAAAGUUUCAACUCUAAUUCCCUGAUGGAUUUCUACCCUGUGAUCUAUGCAAGAUAAGCUCUGGUGUCCCCCGCUGCCCCCCCUGCCCCCCCCCCCCCUCCUGCUGAAAGAUGUGUAAAUACUGUAAAAAGAGAAAAGGGAAGAGAUGGGUCUAAAAUGCCGAGGUAUGUGGAAAAAGCCACCCGGACAGAAUGAACAUCAUGCUAAAAAUACUGUACUGAUGAAUGUUGUCAGAAAUAUUUUUCUAUAUUUUGAAAUCAUUAGAAAAACAAAGAACAAAAAUACAAUGUGGGCGAAAAGCUGUCAGAAGAACACUACAAAGGGAAUGUUUCUAUUAAUUUAUAAAUUCUUUGCCUAGCAACAUG